AUGGAAAGGACCGAGCACAGCAACGGCUCUUCUGCCGGGCUGGACUCCUCGCAACCUCCCACAGAGCCCAGUUCAACAGCAGGUCCCCCAUCGUCCGACCUGGACUCCGAUUACAAUGAUCAAACACCUACAGGCCUCGUUCCCGAACCUACCACUCUGGUCUCGGUCAAGUCCACCCAACAUACAAAAUCGUCACAAAGCCAAUCCGCAAAAGUUGAAUCGGGAUCCGAUCCUCGCUCUACCAGCAUACUUGGACAGUCUGCGCGGUCCUCUAGCCGUGCACCUAGAAGGUUUAGUGGAAGCACAGCUCCUAGCACGGCUGGCAGCUCCAUCAGUGAAGUUGAAUCCAGCUCUCUCAAACCAUGGAGAAUUGGUGUCUGUGCCUUGGAUGUGAAAGCCCGCAGCAAACCUAGCCAGAACAUCUUGACUCGUCUCCAAUCGAGAGGCGAUUUCGAAGUAAUAGUGUUUGGAGACAAGGUGAUUCUCGAUGAAGCAGUGGAAAAUUGGCCAGUGUGUGACUUCUUAUUGGCUUUCUUUUCGGACGGAUUCCCUUUGGACAAAGCCAUUGCGUACGCUAAACUCCGAAAACCCCUUUGUGUCAAUGACCUGCCGAUGCAAAAGGUUUUGUGGGAUAGGCGACUUUGCCUGAUGAUUUUGGAUCAUAUGGGUGUUCCUACUCCCAAGCGACUGGAGGUCAAUCGUGAUGGCGGUCCGAUGCUAGAAUCACCCGAACUGGGCCAACACAUCUACCAAUUGACUGGCGUGAAGCUCCCAGGCCCUGAAAAUGGAAUCGGUGGCGGUGUCCCUCGAACCCAGCAUGUUUCAAUGUCCGAAGACGGUGAGGCUUUAAUCGUUGACGGGAAAGUUUUCAAAAAGCCCUUUGUCGAAAAACCUGUCAAUGGUGAGGAUCACAACAUUCACAUCUACUUCCCGAAUGAUCAGCAGUACGGCGGCGGCGGAAGGCGACUGUUUCGAAAGGUGGGCAAUAAAAGCUCUGAAUAUGAUCCCACCCUCUCUGUUCCAAGGUCUGUUACGGAAAAGGAUGCAAGUUAUUUGUAUGAACAAUUCCUCAGGGUCGACAAUGCCGAAGACGUGAAAGCAUAUACAGUUGGGCCAGACUUUUGCCACGCUGAGACACGCAAAUCUCCCGUGGUUGACGGUCUUGUCCGUCGCAAUACCCAUGGAAAAGAAAUACGAUAUAUCACAAAACUUGGCAAAGAAGAGGCAGUAAUCGCUUCAAAGAUCUCUAACGGAUUUGGUCAGAGAAUCUGUGGAUUUGACAUGCUCCGUGUUGGAGAUAAGAGCUAUGUUAUUGAUGUUAAUGGCUGGAGUUUUGUCAAGGACAACAACGACUACUACGACAAAUGCGCCAACAUUCUUCGGGAUAUUUUCUUGAAUGAGCGACGCAAAUGCGAAGGAGUGACCGAAUCAUCCGAGCCACCAUCUCCAGACAUGGGUUCAUCCAGAAGAAGCACAGUAGGAUCUCAUCGUCAGGCUUUGAAGACACUCUUAAAGUCCCCUAGCACUUCCAGACUCUACGGCAAUCAAUGCUCCCACAAAGUUUCGGAAAACCCUCCCUCCGAUGUCUCCACUUGUCCUCCAUCAAUAGCCUCCUCAUCUGUGGUAGAGGGUGCUGAUUUUGGCGCUGCUCUCAGCAAAUUGAACUCCAGGGAUGGCCACACCUCUCGGGGUUACAGCCCCUCAAAUUCGAGAUCUCCAGCUCUUUCGAUACAGCCUGCCAACGAGGAAGCGCUUCCGCCCCUCCCAGCUUCCAAGCACUCCUGGAAGCUGAAAGGCAUGGUCGCAGUGAUUCGGCACGCUGAUCGAACCCCAAAACAAAAAUUUAAGUUCACGUUCCACAGUCAACCAUUUGUGAAUCUGUUGAAGGGCCACCAAGAGGAGAUAGUAAUAAAAGGAGCGGCUGCAUUGUCUAGUGUCUCCGAUGCUGUCAAGUUGGCCAUGGAGAAGGGCUUGGAAGAUAUGGAGAAGCUGAAGCUGCUCCGUACAUCCUUGGAGCAAAAGGGCGGUUGGCCCGGAACAAAAGUACAAAUCAAACCGAUGUUCCGGAAACGAAAGCCAGAAGAAAUGAAAGAGCAAGAAAGCUCUCCCGCUGUCUCUUCCCCGUUGCCCGAGGGAAAGCUCGGCGAGGAACCUAUUGCCCCUGUGCCAGGUGCGGCGGCGCAAGAUAGUGAGGAACUGCGCAGGUCACAAACUCGAAGUGAUUCUAUUUCAGGUGCCACCUUCUCUCGAUUCUCUGCUGCCGAGAAUGACUUGAUCCUGGAUAAACUCCAGCUUGUGAUCAAAUGGGGUGGCGAGCCCACUCAUGCUGCGCGUUACCAAUCGCAAGACCUUGGGUUGAACAUGCGGGAUGAUCUCAAGCUGAUGAACAAAGAAGCAUUGAACAAUGUUCGUAUGUUCACGAGCUCGGAACGUAGAGUGAGCACCAGUGCACAAAUCUGGGCUUGUUCCUUCUUGGACCAGAAGGAUAUCCCCGAAGACUUGAUACAAGUUCGGAAAGAUUUGCUCGACGAUUCGAAUGCCGCCAAGGAUGUCAUGGAUAAAGUCAAGAAGAAGCUUAAGUUGCUUUUGCGAGAAGGCUCUGCGCCGUCGCAAUUUGCCUGGCCCAAGGACAGCAAUGUCCCAGAGCCUUCAGUUGUUCUCGCUACGGUAGUCGAGCUAAUGAAGUUCCACCGGAGUGUGAUGCGGCACAACUUUGAGAAACUCAGCAGUUCACCGAACAUUUUCCCAACCACAUCUAACGACCCUGAGAAUCUAGCCCAGCCAAACUCCGAGGAUCCACAGUUGGAUGGUCCUGAUAUAUCCAGCAUUCAGGGCCGCUGGUGUGCGGGUGAAGAUCCUCGUCUUUUCAAAGAACGAUGGGAGAAGCUUUUUGCAGAGUUCUGUGACACCGAGAAGGUUGACCCUAGCAAGCUUUCCGAGCUAUAUGACAGCAUGAAGUUCGAUGCGCUUCACAACAGACAGUUUUUGGAGUGGGUCUUCAUGCCCCCCGACAUUGCUCGCGAUGAAGAAGAAAAGGAAAGCAUCAAGAGCAAGAGCACGGUAAAGUCUGAUGCAACUGUGGACGGGAAGCCUGUCCAGGAGGGUGGAAAUGACAAACCCGAAGAGCGCGCCGAAAACCAGACGUUUGCGCAUCGCUUUGGGUUGAAGAAACGCAUGCAUGCGCCUGAGUCGCUCCCGCACCUUCGGGCCCUGGAUGAUUCAUACGAUCAUUAUUUCAAACUUUUCCCUGGUUCCAAUUCCUCGAAGUGUAAGAUGGAUGAGCGGUUGUCGAAACUUCGGGAAUUGUACAAGUUGGCCAAGGUCCUCUUCGACUAUGUGACGCCCCAGGAAUACGGUAUCACCGACAGUGAGAAGUUGGAGAUUGGUCUGUUGACCUCUCUUCCCUUGCUCCAAGAGAUUGUUCGAGACCUAGAAGAGGUGCAGGCUUCGCAGGAUGCCAAGUCCUUCUUCUACUUCACCAAGGAAUCUCACAUCUACACCCUUUUGAACUGCAUUCUAGAAGGUGGAAUUCAAACAAAGAUUGCCAGAAGUGCAAUCCCAGAACUUGACUAUCUAUCUCAAAUUUGCUUUGAAUUAUAUGAGGCCCGUGACAGUGAAUCGGACUCAUACUCCUACUCCAUUCGGAUCUCAGUCAGCCCUGGAUGCCACGCUUUCGACCCUCUUGAUGUGCAACUUGAUUCUAGACACUCCAUCGGUUGCGCCCCUCGGCGCAGUUUGACGGCUCAUCAAGAUUGGAAGGAAGUCAUUGAGACACUGAAGGCGAAGUUUAACACGGUGGAACUUCCCAAAACCUUCAUUGCGGUGAAUUUGAGCGAUAAACAUAUAUCUCAUGAUGAGAAUUCACCGUCUCGUGGAAUCUCCUCGACUCAAACUGAGUAA